CCCCGCUCGGCCCUUUCUGCACUGUCAUCUCCUACUCUCCCGAAGCUCGACCGGUGAGUGAGGCCGCCUGAACCAGGAACCCCACUCCACCGGAGAGGGAGGGAAGGGAAACUGAGAUUGGGCAGAAUCCGCACCUCACGAUCCGCGGCCAAGUUAGCAGUGCAGCCCUACAAUGGGCAACGUGCAAGAGCGGCCAUCGGAGACUAUCGACCGGGAGCGAAAACGCCUAGUAGAAACGUUGCAGGCGGAUUCCGGACUAUUAUUGGACGCGCUGGUGGCGCGGGGCGUGCUCACCGGGCCUGAGUAUGAGGCGCUGGAUGCGCUGCCUGAUGCCGAGCGCAGGGUGCGCCGCCUGCUGCUGCUGGUGCAAAGCAAGGGCGAGGCUGCCUGCCAGGAGCUGCUGCGCUGUGCCCAGCAAACCGUGCGUGCACCGGACCCUGCCUGGGACUGGCAGCACGUGGGCCUGGGCUACCGCGACCGCAGCUAUGAUCCUCCGUGCCCAGGCCACUGGACGCCUGAGGCACCCAGUUCCGGGACUGCAUAUCCCGGGUUGCCCAGAGCUUCAGAUCAAGAGGAAGCCGGGGGUCCAGAAGGCUCUGAGGCGGUGCAACCAGAGACUCCAGAGGAGCCAGAACAGGAAUCUGAGAUGGAUCCAGAACCAGAGCAAGGGACAGAGCCGGAGCCCGAACUGGAACCAGAGCCUGAUCCAGAGCCGGAGCCUGAGGAGCCGGAGUCGGAGUCGGAGUCGGAGCCGGAGCCGGAGCCGGAGCCGGAGCCGGAGCCGGAGCCGGAGCCAGAGUCGGAGUAGAAGCCGGACCGGAGUUCGAACUGGAGUUGGAACCGGAGCCUGAGUGGUAGCCAGAUCCGGAGCCGGACUUGCAGGAGGGGGACGAAUCUGAAGGCGUGAGGCCACCCAACCCUUAUGAGGACUGGUGGAGGGCAUGGCUUGUGAAGUGGAGGGUCUACCCCUCCCCCUUGACCACUGUUCCCUUCACCUCUAGACUCCUGAAGGCCAGAGUGCUGACCUGUCUUUCUCAGCUCAAGCCCAAGCCAGACAGGACCUGGGAUCCUGCUGGAGUUGUAUUUGAUGCCACCUAGGCUCCAUCUGGCCUGCUGGAAAUGAAUAAACUCCAGAGGGUCAGACUGGGCCUAGGCUUUC